UUGCAGAGCACUGACUGAGUCAGUAUGUUCCAGGGUGAACACACACUCAUAAUGGGUUGCCGAGGGCGCUAGGCAACAGAAAGAUGCAACAGGAGCCUGAACAGAGCAGGGUGGCAGCGACUGGCCAGCCCUGACCAUGGCCAGCGGGUACCAGUUAUGGGCACCCUGGUCCCCACUGGAUGAGUCCCUGCAAUGGUUGCGAGGUGCCGUGCCCAGGCCCAGCAGCACCAAACACCCUUUCCGGGGUGGUCAAAGCCCAGCCACCACAACCGAUCUGGAGGUGCAGCUUUGCUUCCAGGGGCUCAGCCUGGUGCUGGAGUCCAGUGCUAAGACAGGAGCUGGACUAUCACAACCAUCUGCAAUGGCCGGAGAUACCAAAGGGUGCAGUGGGGCUGUACGCAAGCCCCAGGCUGUGCGGCUCACUGGGCUUGACUCAGUCUUUGGGCACCUUGUGACGGCUCAACCCCCACACUGGACUGGCUCACUGCGGGUCUCGGAGCGCUCUGCCUUCUGUCAAGUCAUAAGCCCCCAGCAGCACAGGCCCCAUGGGUUCCAGGAGCCACAAGUGCGCAUGGCCAUGGCCAUGUGCCGCCAAAUGCUGCAUGCUAUCCUCCUGCUAUAUGCUGCCUACAAAAAGUGUGCCUUUGCUCUACAACAUUCCCGCUAAGAGCCAUCCUGGUUGGGAAAGGGUGAGGCAGUUUGGAUUCCUUGACCUGCCUAUGAGACAACCUCAAGCUCGCACACAUGCUCCUUCUCCCUCCGUGAUACCAACUCAUUAUCUUCAUCUACAUGUGCCUCAGAAGUGAACCUACUUCCCUGUUCCUGGAUCAAACAUCUCCUGCUCUCCAUUCCUAAGCUAAAUUUCUCCCAUCAAGAGGAAACAGACUUUUUUCCUUACUGGCAUCAAACUAUAAGGCAAAGACGCAGACUGGAAUUCAAGCCUCAGAUUGUCAAGAGCUGAAACCAAUCAUAUUGUCAACAUAACCUUGCAAAGAAGAGACCACAAGUUGUCAUUCAUAAAUACUUUGAGCCUAUCCUCUGGCAGCAUCCAGCUCAUGAAUGGAAGGAACCGAGAAAAUGAAGAAAAUGUUUUUGAAAGCUUUCAUAUGUCAAUGAAUCAAGGAUACAGAGACUCAGAUCAAAUGAGUUUACAUACAUCUUCACUGAGAUAAUAUCUUCAGAGAUGAAGACAUUAAUAACCAUUCAGUGGAAAGAUAUUUUUCCAAAAGGUGCCUACCUAUCAUUUUCAACAUGUAACUGCACUCUAGAUAAAAACUACAUAAAGAGCAACAAUAUUUUUAAAAUGUCCAUACUCAUGAAGCAAACAGAUGGCACAUUUUCAGUCCAGAAGAAACACUCUUAUACUACAGAAUGAAGCAGAAAACAAAUAUAAACAAAGCCAAAUUAUUCAGGAAAAUACACUAAAAUUCAGUGUAACUGAAUGAAUUUCAGUGAUGAAAUAUGUGUGAAACUCAGACUGCAUGAAAAUUUGUUGACUAACAAUUGAAAGAAAGUUUGAGUCAUUCUGAAUAAAAUAUCAUUUACUACUAGUAAAUGAAAUGCACCACUUGCCUGGCCAUAAAGCUAUAUUUGACAAGAAAAUGAAAUUACGAAAUUACAAAAUUACAAAAAACAAAACAAAACACUUUUCUGUGCUACCAUUUUUAAAAUUAAACAACAAUCUUUAUUUGACUGACCCAGUGGAUGAAGGCUCCAGUAACUGGAAGUUUAUUAUACAAAGUACCAAGUGUGUGUGUGGUGGGGGGGAUCUCUUAUUUUUUUUCUAGAAAUCAGCUUGAAAACAAUCUUUUAAAAGACCAAAUUUUUUUGUUUUCAGAUAAUGACAAAAGAGCUUGAAAAUGCAAGACUGAAAGCUGCACAGUCCCCAAAUCAAAAGUUGUUCUAUUAAUCACAUUUAAAUAGUUUGAGCACUGAAGUCUAAACCAGGCACAGCUCUAAUUUCAUGGCUAUAUGACAUUUACCUCAAAUUCAGACACACUGAUUAAAAAAAUCUAUGCAAAUGAUUUUUAAAACAGAGCUACAGAAAUACCAUUAUGCUGGAUCCCAAAAUGGAAUUAAAAUGAGUGCAUUUUUUUAAUCCAUGCAACAAAGAGGUGCAGUUUCUGUUAAAGCAUUGUGGAUUCAUUCUUCAAAAAGCUUUUCAUCUGCCUGCUGCUUAAUGAGCAAGAUUCCCUCUUUCUUUCUUUUUAGACAAAGCAAUGAAAACAUUUAUGAGAAGACUCAAAGCAGAAGUCUAAAUGUUAUUCUUUUUUGUCUGGGUGUAUGUUCAAAAAAUGACCUUCAUGCCCAAUAUGCUACAUAGAGAUUUGCCAAUAAGCACCUUGAACCCAAGUUGACACAAAUUAUUCAAACAUUUAUUGCUUCAAAGGAGGUGGGCAAGUGUGUGGGUGUUGUUGGUUUUUUGCACCUUUGUACGAAAGAGCAUUUCUAUCUAACAGUAUAUCAAAAUUCUUCCAGAGCUAAAUUUCUACUGAGUAGUCAAAGACAUGGGACUUUGUAGUCUUUUGGUAGCACCUACAAGAAAGUUUCUUCAGCAUCAUACAAUUGAAAACAAGCUAUCCAUGUUAAAAAGAGAUUAAAGAUCAUCAGUCAGGCUGACUCAAAUUCUGCAUUAUGAUUGACUUAACAGCGUAUACAAAUUAGGACUUCUAUCAACAACAGGCAGACACAACUUACUGUAAAAGUGCUGGUUGGCUUUGUAACUUAAAGACACUUAUGAAUCAACCAAAAGAAAAAAAAAGGGGGGGGGACCCUUCCAUUGGCCUGCAUCAGAAUACUCAAAAGUUAAACUGUAGUUCUUCCACACUGAAGUGAAGGAAGGAGUUUAUAAUCAAACUAAAGUAAGGUCUUAGACGUGUUGCAUUUUAUACAAAUAGCCUCAAUGUGAAAAGCAAUAUGGCUGGAUUGGACCCAAGGUACACAUCAUUCUGAUUUCCUUUGUGACUUGAAUUCUGAGAAUAAUAUUCUCUCCAAUCGUUUAUAAGUAACAGAAAAAGAGUUUAGCUUCAGAACUAAUAGUGGAUGUUCACUGCUUGGUACGUGUAUGCUUUUGUUUUUGGAAGACAAUCCUCACUGCUGAGAGACGAGUGCAUACCGCUUGCUUACAGCCAAAGAAUAUGAACUAUAAUUCUUGAACAUUAGAUUUAAAGGGGAAACUGUUGUCUAUGACUAUAAUUAUCAGCUGAAUCGAAGCACUCAGACUACAAAGUAUAGGAAUUGCUGCUAUUCACCAGCUUUGCAAGGUGAUAUUGACUAGCUGCAGAAUAUGGACCCAGACAACUAAAUACACCCUUUGACUUUACAUACCGAAAGGGUGUUUAAAACCCUCCAACUUUCCCUAGUUUCUCAAGAAACCAAACUUUGAUCGUAAAUGAAGAUGGAGGCCAAUUACAGUAUUCAAAGAAACAUACAUUUUGACUAAAAAAAAAGCUCCAAACAAGCAGCUGCAAUGAUUGGCUUACACAAGGUUCAGAUCUGUGGCAGAGAAAUCAGAGACUGACUUACCAUGCAAAGGAAUGUAGGCAACUGAAGCAUUGCCCAUGCUGCUGCACACAUGUACGCACUACUGAUGGGGCUGUGCUCAGCUGCAAGGCAGCAGAGCCCCAUCAUAAAUGCUCUGGGAAUGCAGUUGUAUGAUACAAUGCCCAUUGGAAAUAAUGGGCAUCACAUCACACAACUGCAUUAAUGGAGCACUUCCAUCAGAAUCCUGCCGCCCUGCAGUCCAGCCCAAUUGGCAGUGCUUACACAUGUUGAGGGGCAUGGGCAGUGCUCCUGCCGCCCACAUUUCCUUGCAUAAUGUCAGCCACUGUUCUUUCCAAAGUGGUUGCAGCUGAUAAAGGAAAUUAAUUUGCAGAGGAGGCAUCUUUGCCAUGCCUUGCUAUAUGCAAAGUAAGCAACAUUCAAAUAGACAUUGCAUAAAAGAAGCUUACAAUAAGCACAUUCAAGUAAUUGCGGGUUUGUGCCUUGUAUUUAAACAAUUUUUUUUAAACCCAUCAAUUUUAUCACCCAAUGAAAGAGAUGGGUAAGUGGAUCUUGAGACUAAUAUGAAAAACAUACAUUUGACACAACCAGUUUACCACCAAUGAAUGCAACGUACACAUAGAAAACCUCUGUGUUAACAGCAUUUGAAAGGGGGAAACGCCCUUCUGUUGGGGUUUCCUUCCAUUAAUGGAACCAGCUUUUGGAAAAUGUAUCUUUGUCUUGUAACAGUCAAAGCAAAUUGUACAGAUUUACAUCCAUGAUACAGUUUAUUUUAAGUGAAAAUUGCAUGCUGUUUGGAAAAAUAUUAAAAACCCAUAAGGUCCA